CAUCAUCAUACUGUAAGUUUGUAGCAUCACUGUCCUGUGAGAACCUGUAGUUCUCAUGAACUCAGAAAAAAUAGCUUUGUUUCCAGCACUGUGACAAUGCGUUACCAAACUUAGAGAUACAUGGUUUUCAUAGGACAGGAAGGGUAUGGAAAAAUGUAAUCUGAAAAGUAACUACCCACUAAAGUUGUCAGAAAGGUAUAGACGAGUAAAAAGUACAAUAUUGGCUACUAUACAAAGUUGCAUUAAAAGAAAAUACUUAAGUAAAGUACCUCAACUUUGUACUUAAGUACAGUACAUAAGUAAAUGUACUUCCACCGCUGCUAAUAAGUGAUCUAAGUAUAAUAUAGACAGACCACAAAAAAUCAAUUUCAAAACAUACAAGAACUGGAAAAUAACUGAAAUAAUUACCAUUACAUUGGGCAAUCUGGGUUCAUAUUUCAUAAUGACAAGUACAUCUGGUGAUGCUAAUGUGUCCUUGAGCCAAUAACUAGUCUCUGCUUUUUCCAGCCUGGAUAUUCUGAUGCUGACAAACCUGGAAAUGUCUAGUCACAUGAUACAUUCAAAUGUCAAGUCUAUUUGCUGUAUCAAAAGCUCACAUAAUAAAUGACAGCAAAAAUUGUUUUCAGUUUUAUAAACAUGGUAGGGUUUAUAUUCUACUGAGUGAAGAUGUUUUUUUUUUCAUUUGAUGGUACACAGUAUGUCCUGCAUUUGCAAUGGUCUCCUAUGUGCAAAACCACAUCAGUUGUUUGAGCCCUAUUUGUUGUGGUAACAAUAUGAAGCAGACUAUAUCUUUCUGUGUGUGACAGUGCAAUUUGGGAAAUAGGUCAGCCCAGUCCCAGAAGCUUGGCAGGGUGACAAACAGAAAACUGCAUGAAUACCUUCUAAACAAAUCCUAUGAAUUCAUGGGCCUCAGACAAGAUUCCAGUCUGUGAUUUUUGGCCCUGGCACUGUGAUUUUUACUGGGUAUCGCUGAAUGCAGGGCUUUUUCAGCAACUGGGAUGGGUUUAAAGAGCAGCCUCACAAUGGUUGCUUUGUGCUGGGCUCAGCUACUUAGGGAAGGCAGAGAGGCUCUCGGGGGCUGCUAAAAACCCAAGACAACACGACUCCAGAUGCUGUCUUUAUUUUGGAAAUAUCUGAGAUUUACUAAAUGUGAACCCAAAGUGAAGUUUCAUUGGAUGCCUAUACCCAAGUUCUCAGCUGAAGUCAAAUUGAAUAGAAGCUAGUGGUUUAUCAAAAACAAGAAAAUAGUGUAAAGAUAUACAUUAGAGCGAGUGGCAAAUGGGUUCAGGCUGCAUGCAGAAUGCAAAAAAUGUAAAUAGUGUAUAUUUCAGUGCUCUGUUUAUUUAUACUCAUGCUAUCACUGCCAUCUACAGAUCGGCAGUGAAAGUUCAGAUAAGGGUGUUCUCAGCCAGGCUUCACUGGGGAGCGUCUCUGAGCAUUUUCUUCCCUUAGACACCAGACAGUGAAAAUGCCAGUCUAUGCCGAGUUCAGCUGUAAGCAGCAGCGCUUUCCUCAAUAACAGUGGCAUGAAAGAAAAACAGGAAAAAAAACAUAGUAACCUUCAGAUGUAUGUGAAAAUACUGCUAGGGACUGGAAUGGGUACUAUGGAAGUGUAUGAGUAAUUAAACAAAUACUCCAGUAACAUAAAUGCAAUAUUCCAUAGUGAAACAACUAUGUUUCUUUGGGAAACAUGUAAUUACUUUGUCUACACAGCCAUAAAAUAUGUUGAAGAAUAUAAUUAUUUUUUCCUAGGCAACAGGCAGCCAAACGUGUCAUUGGGUGAAACCAAGGUGAGAAUGCAUUGCAGUCUGAUGUGGGAGGGGUGGAGAGAGGCUGAAAGCAGCCUUCCUCCUUCUGGUAAUUGGACUUGUGUACUCUGAGCUGAUGAAUUCAGACAUUCCUCAUGGGGUUGCAAAUAGUGGGAAACUGCACAUGGUUCAUGGCUUGUUUGUUGGCAUAGCAAUUGUGGGCCGGAUUCUACAUCGUCUGGGUAUUUGUCAUCAGGUCAGCUUUAUCCGAUGGUUUGUGGCCCGUUUUCUGACACGAUUAAAUCCAGUUCCUGCAGGCCUGCGAGUGAAGGACCUGACGUUUUCUGAAGUGCCAGUGCGAGUCUACGAACCCACCACUGUGUGUGAUGGCUUGAGAAGAGGACUUGUGUAUUUCCAUGGAGGAGGAUGGGUGUUGGGCAGUAUAGAUUCUGUUGAUGAAGUCUGUCGGCACAUUGCCAAGGAGUCGGAUACCACUGUGGUUUCUGUUGGGUACCGAUUAGCCCCUGAGCACAGGUACCCUGCCCAGCUGGACGAUUGUGAGACAGCGACGUGUCACUUCCUGUCUGUGGCUGAGGCAGAGUUCAGCGUGGACUCUUGCAGAGUGGCAGUCGGAGGAGACAGCACUGGGGCUAACCUGGCAGCAGCACUAUGCCAAAGGCUGGCGAGGAGAGAGGACGGACAUCUGCCGUCCCCCUGCGCUCAGGUCCUCAUCUACCCAGCCCUGCAGAUGGCAGAUUUCAACCUGCCCUCAUACCAGCAAAAUCAUGCUGUGCCCAUAUUGUUUCGUGGCCGGAUGGCAUUCUACUUCCUACAGUAUCUCAGUGGGGACAUGUCUGUGUGCCAAGAUGUGUUGGAAGGCAACCAUGUCCCCACUGAGCUCAAGCCAUGCUAUGAGGAGUGGCUCUCCCCUUCCAACUUACCUCCUGAGUGCCUCGUACGGGGUACCUUUGAGCACCCAACCCCAGAAUAUGAUGCAGAGGUGUAUCACACAAUCAAGGCUGGUUUGGAACCUGAGGUCUCACCCCUACUGGCAGAUGAUGCCAUCAUUAAGAAAACCCCGCCCACCUUCAUCCUCACCUGUGAGUAUGAUGUCCUGAGGGAUGAUGGGAUUCUUUACAGGAAACGACUGCUGGACUUGGAAAAGGAUGUCACCUGGCAACAUGUAACGAAAGGUUUUCAUGGCAUGGUUAACUUUUUUAACCAGGGUUGGCUCACAUUUCCUUCUGCAGUGCAGGUUGUGGAUAGUGUUGUUGACUAUAUUAAAACACUGUAAAGAUCAUAAAUAGGACCAUGUCAUGUACUUUAUUCUACUUUCCAUCUUGUUUUACAUUUUAAUAAAAAAAAAAAAAACUGGUCUCCAGUGGCAGAGUUUUCUUCUUCAUUAAAAGUAUAGUGUUCACAGAAGACAAAAAACCCACACAAAUCUAUACACAAAACCUGUUUUAUUCCAAAAAUGAACAGUAGCCUGAGGACACAAAGUGUAUAAACAGUUUCUGGCACCGUUUUAACAAUAUAGAGAAUACUGCCAAAAGGUAAAUGUCAUGCCCUAGCCUUAAGGAAUGUAUUUCC